AUGAAACCACUUAAUCGGCCUGAACUGUUUGAUUUUGAGGGUGUUUCUAUGGUUCACUACUUCACUGACAACUGGGAAAAGGUAAAAAACUUUCAAGCAAGACCUGAUGACAUUCUAAUUGCCACUUAUCCCAAAGCAGGUAAAAUUUUAAUAUAGUUUUUUGUGACUUCGGAUUUCCAUAUUCCAUAUUUCCUCUGAGGUACAACCUAUGUGAUUCGCUUAGAUCAGAUUUAAUUGAAUAAUUUGACAGUUAGCCUUAAGUGUAAAUUGUUGUAUUAUGCUGAUACUCACAAAUAUAAUGCUCAGUUAACUGAAAUAAUAGAAUGAAGUAUGCAGCCUACAAAUGUGUCCUCCGGAGAAUGCAGCCUUCUGUUUGAGAAAUUACCAUACACCCAAUGGCUAAACAAUUCCCAUAAUGCACUUUGAGAGCCAUGGUCCGAAUGAAUUCCCGCGUCUCUCCAGAAGAUGGCGCCUGCAGCUGAAUAAUUUUACAACAUACAAAUAUAAUAUUACAAUAUACAAAUAUAAUAUUAAUAAUGUUAUCUUUGAAUAAUAUUACUGUUGAAGGCAGACGGCAAGACGUCUUUCAUACUUUCUUGCACCUUGACAGUGGCAAUUGUUUGGCUAUUUUCUUCAAAAAUAUCAUCGAAAAUAAGACUUUUACUGGUUUAGAAUGACAUGGGAGUAAUGGAUUAUGAGUAACCCUUUAAUACUGAACAUCACUUUAUGUAUUUGUACCACCUGGGUGUCAUAUAUUCUAGACCUUCUGUACUUUGGUAACGAUGCUCCAGACCGCCAGACAUCCGAACCUAUCUAUAUGAGAGUGCCGUUCUUGGAGUCAUGUUUUAAAAUGAUACCUUCAGGAACAGAACUGGCUGAUAAUCUGCUCACUUCUCCUCGCAUCAUUAAAACUCAUUUACCUGUUCAGUUUGUGCCAAAGUCUUUCUGGGAUCAAAACUCAAAGAUUGUGUAUGUAGCUCGGAAUGCAAAAGACAAUGCAGUUUCUUAUUAUCAUUUUGACCGAAUGAACCUGGUACAGCCUGACCCAGGAGACUGGAAUACCUUCUUACAGAAAUUUAUGGAAGGAAAGAAUGUGUUUGGCUCUUGGUAUGACCAUGUCAGUGGAUGGUGGGAGAAAAAGCAGACUUUUUCAAACCUAAUAUACUUGUUCUAUGAGGAUUUGGUGGAAGACACAGGACGUGAGUUGGAACAUUUGUGUUCCUUCUUGGGUUUGUCAACUUCAGUUGAAGAGAGGGAGAAAAUUACAAAAGGGGUUCAUUUUGAUGCCAUGAAACAGAACAAAAUGACCAACUAUUCCACUCUCCCAGUCAUGGACUUCAAAAUCUCACCCUUCAUGAGGAAAGGUAAAGUUGGAGACUGGAAAAAUCAUUUCACUGUGAUGCAAAAUGAGCAGUUUGACGAGGUCUACAAACAGAAGAUGAAGAACUCCACUGUCAAGUUCCGCACUGAGAUCUAAUACUAGGGAAUUCUGAAGUACUAACUAAAAAAAUUUACUUUUAAAAUUAAUGUCCCAAUGAAAUCAAAAUUGUUUAAAAUCAAAAUUGAGUAUAAUGUUUUUUCCCCCUUUUAGUAGGAAUAUUUUAGCCAUAAGGAUAUCUUUAAGCUGGUGUGCUCUGAAAUACUUAUUAUAGUUAUGACUAUAAAUGAUAAUUUACCACUCAUUUAUGUUAUGUAUGGUCAAUAGCACAUUGUAACAUUGCAGCAUUGCAGCAACGUAUGCAUAUCCUAUGCAUUAUAAACAACAGUGAUGAGGAGAAUCAUCUGUAAGUGUGAGUGGAAUGUAUGUUAGUCUGAAUAUGAACUGGUCAAUCAUCCAGUCUGUUUAUUUGUUUGUUUUUAAAUUCUGUUAAUUGGUGAUCUGUAUGCCCAGUGCAUCUCAUAUUAACAGAAAACUUUAAUACAUUUAUCGGGGGAAUAACAUUAGUUCAGUGUACCUUUUCUAAUGAAACUGUGAAACAUGCUCAUUAACCGAUAAAA